AUUACCCAAAAUGCUAUCCAGUAGGAAGCACAUUUGUAAACAAUGCUAGAACGCUAAAGGAGAAAGAUGUCUACGAAAGGCUUGGCUAUAUUGCUAUCUUAUCAUAGUUGAUAUUUCGUUUUAAUACUAGAGUUAGUUUAUUAAAAGAACUAACCGGCGGUUUGCGCAGGAAUUAGUAUUUUUUGCGUUAAUCUGAUCUGGUCUGCAAUUGGAGGAAUAACGUUACAGCUAUAUGUAUUCAGUAUGAUUAUUGUGGCGAUUAAUUAAGCUCAGAAUCAUUUUACGUGUCCAUGGGGAAAAGAAAAGACAUGAUUCACCCCAGAUUUCUCGCUGGAAACGGGGAUGAUUAUAACCUCCACAAGAAAAAACACAAAAAGCACAAGAAACACAAGAAGAAGCAUCAUAGGGAUGAUGGACACAGUUUCUCCUCUGAAGCUCUGGAGUCAGAUUCCGGGAUGUUGGUGCUCAAACCUCCUCAACUCAAACUCAAGAUCAAACUUGGAGGUCAAACUCUAGGAACCAAGAGUGUGCCCACGUUCACAGUGAUCCCGGACUCUCUGCGCUCCGUGUCACCUCUGAACGUAGAGAGUGAUGAUGAUGGCGAUGAUGAUGACGACGACGACGACUCUGAUGAUGACGUGCCCUCAGAGGGAGUUCCUAUAGAGCAGUACAGAGCCUGGCUGGAUGAGGACAGUAACCUGGACCCGUCUCCUCUGCCGGACAUGGACACGGACUCGCUGCUGGGAGGCCCGAUGGAUGAGGAGGAGCGAUGGCUGGAGGCGCUGGAGAAGGGAGAGCUGGAUGAUAAUGGAGAGCUGAAGAAAGAGAUCGAUGAGUCUCUGCUCACGGCCAGACAGAAAGCCCUCUUACAUAAGCAGCAGAUCCAGCCAUUACUGGAGCUUCCCAUGGGAUACAAAGAGAAGGAGCUGACAGCCGAGAUGAUGCAGAAACGCGAGGAACGCGCCCGCAAAAGACGUCUUCAGGCGGCCAAGAAAGCGGAGGAGAACAAGAACCAGACCAUCGAGAGACUGACCAAGACCAGCAAGGCCAAGAUCAAGAGCAUGAGGGAGCGCAAGUCAAAACAGGCCCAGCUGCCCAUGGUGAGGUACAGCAGUAACGCCCAGGGCGCGGCCGUUUCCUACCCCAUCGGGAUUCCCGCUCCGAUGCCUGCAGCGCCGUCAGCGUCUCCUCCUGCACCGGCGAGCUGUGGGGUGUCGGGAUGCUCCAACCUGAAGAAAUACUCCUGCUCCAAGACCGGGACGCCUCUGUGCAGCCUGGAGUGCUACAAGAAGAACCUGAUUCUGCUGGAGGGAGUCGCUUAAAGAGUGCAACUUUGUGUUCGAGAAUGAUGUGUACUUAAAAAUAGCAGGUUGAUACAAUUAUGUUGAACAAAAGAUACAAUUGUUUGAAUAAUUAGUAUAAAAUCAUGCUGAAGUUGUAUUUAUUUUGUGCAUUCAAACCCACAUCAAGCAUAAUUUGUUAACAUUAGUUACAAUUAACAACUUUUUACUGCAAUUAUUAAUCUAAGUUAUUGUUUAUUGCUAUUGGUUCUUUUAUAAUACAUUACGUAAGUGUAAACAACUGUAAAAUGUAUUGGCAUAUGUAAAAAUGAACAUUAAAAAUGUAAUAAAUGCAAUAAGUAGUUUUCAUUGUUAAUUUUAAAUAUACCUAAUGCAUUAACUAAUGUUAACAAAUUUAAAGUGUUACCCACAUUUUUUUUAUUAUUUAAUUCAGUGUGACGAUUAACUAAGAAUUACAAAUGAUUUACGGAGAAAUUCAUAAAUCACGAGAGUGAAUUUCUUUGAAAAUAGUUCAUAAAACUACUUUGAAUUGAGCUCAAUGACAUAAUGGCAAGCAAAUGUGUUUCUACGUAAAUGGAAAUUGUCACAUUGAAUUUGAGUAUAAUGGUGAUUUGUAACAAAUUCAUUCUGCUUGUGUUUACUGGAUGAACAAUCUUGACAUAAGAGCGGGGUUUAUUUUUCUAAAAACACUGAAAUAAAGAACACCUGAAGUAAA